AGAGCCAGUUUCAGUUUCUGACAGAAUGGUGAAGGAUGCUGCCUGCCCGGAGGUCCCCGCUGCCAGUCUGCACCGCCGAGCAUGAACUGGCUGUUCCCGCCCUUCGCACUGGUCUUCUGCCUCGGCCCAGGGAACACAGUUCCACAAACCAGCUCAACCCCGCUGAUGGUGGCCGGGGUUCUGGGGGAGGCCGUAACUCUUCCCCUGCAGCUUUCUGCAGGACGGGAGACUGAGUACAUCACCUGGCUUCACAAUGGAACAUCGAUCGUCUUCAUACAGGUGAACCAAGUGGGAAGUCCUCAAAUCAUGGUGACCGACCCACGACGGAAAGAUCGGCUGCAGGUCACUCAGUCCUACUCCCUGCAGCUCAGCAACCUGAUGAUGGCAGAUACGGGAACUUACCGCGUCCAGAUGGGCACAAACACCUCCAUAUUGUUUUCUGAUUCCACGCUGAGGAUCUUCAGGCGACUGAGGAACUUACAGAUUGCCAGUCAUCCUCAGUUGUAUGAGAAUGGAACCUGUGAGAUCCACCUGACCUGCUAUGUGGAGAAUCCAAAUGACAAUGUCUCACUGAGGUGGCAGGCCUCAGGAAACACACUUUCAAGUGAAGCGAACCUCACUAUCUCCAGGUACCUUAAGAAUUUCAGUGAACAGAACUACACCUGCAUAGCUGAGAAUCCUGUCAGCCAUUUAUCCUCCUCUGUCUCUGCCCGGAGUCUGUGCAAAGGUGUUUUGAAUAAGAACUCUCAAUACCUGGGUACCAGUUGGAUUAUAAUUAUGGUUGUGGUUAUUUUGAUAUGUUUAGCCAUCUUUGUGUCACUUUUGCUUUGGAAGAAAAUAUCAGCUCUCUUUCAUUCAUGGACUUGGCGACCCCAGAGUUCUGCGGGGACCACGGGGAGCUCAGGGUACACUUCAUUCUCUCCGGGGAACACCGUGUACGCACAGGUCGCUCACCUGAACAGGAAUGUGGAUAUCCCAACACCUGUGAAAAGCAAUGAUUGCUCUACAAUUUACUCCAUAGUUUAUCAUCCCAAAGAGGGCAACUGCCAUUAACAGCAUCACCUAAGGUCUCAAAGGAUCCUCUCCUGAUCCCAUGAAAGAGGACAGAACUUGGUUUCCGCCUGGCAACAGAAUGAAUACCUAGAUGAUCAUUUCCAGUCCUUCGGACUUGAACCUACUUACCUAGGUCAACAUCUAAGAAAAAUCAUCAUGUCCAGAAUGUAUCCAAAUAACAUUUUCAAAUCCUCUCCUAGCCAAAACACGCUUUGGAUAACACACAUGGAUAUUGACUUUCUCUUUGGUAACAAAUGGAGUUACGGCUGAUAGAGACAUUGUAACUCAGAGGCAGCCACCUCUCUCCUUUCAGCAAGCAGCAGGACUGCGACUCAUGGGGUGAGAGUGUGCUGUUACGAAUUGUCUCUGGUGUUGGACAGGCCGUGCUCAAAUAUACAUACAUAAUUUACUAGACAUGUUACCUAACCUCUUGGAGCUUUGGUCUCCUAGACUGAGAAAGGAUGGUAAUGCAGCAGCCCUGUUCCUCAAACCAGCAACCUGAGGUAUCUUCAACUUCAGCUUCUCCAUCACCAGGCCUGUUGGACUCUUAUCUUGAAAUACACGUUGGGUCUAUCCAUUUCUCUCCAAAUCUCCAACCAUCAUCCUCUAUCUAACUAUCAUCAUCCCAAACCUGAAAUGUAUAAUAAACUCCCCAACUCUCCCCAACUUUUGCUCUUGUGUCCUCCAAACCAUUCACCACAAGACAGAGUAAUAUUUUUUAAUACCAGUCAUGUGCUUAAAACUCUGCAAGACAGUCCAGUGCCCGUGGAAUGAAACCAUGUCCCCACGGCCCUGGGUGGGCUGGCCCAUCUGGAGCCUCAGCUAUGGCCACCCUCCCCUGUCUCUGUUUAUUCUUCGUGAUCUUCUCUCAGCAGCUCUGUCAUAGAAAAGAGCUCUAGGGCAGAGUCAUUCACAUCUGCCUAAAGGCCCCUCCUCUGUCUGCCUGGUUCCUCCGUAUUCUUUAGGUCUCAGCUUGCAUCAUCACCCUGUAAGAGCGGCUGCAGGCCCCUCAGUCUAAACAGGAUCCCUUACUGUUCUGCCACGCCUUCCAUGGCAUUUAUCACAUCAUUAAAUAUUUAUUUGUAUUUGUUUAAUGUUUGUUUCUCCUACUAUACUGUAAGCUUUGCAGGAGCAGGGACCGUGCCAAUUUGUUUGUCACUGCAUCCCUAUCACCUGUCACAGUAUCUUGUUCAUAAAUUGUUCAAUAAACAUUUUUAA